AUGGAGAACACCAAAACCAGCUUCCUGGACCUCCCACCCGAAAUCCGCAACACCAUCUACCAACUCGCUCUCGAGAAGUCGCAAUCCAUCGGAAUCAAAAGCAGCAUGCAUCGCCACUACGAAAGGUACUACAAAGACUCCACUCUUCCAAAGAGCGCAAAGGUCAUGCCCAUACUUCCUCUCAACUUGAGCAUCAACAUCCUGCGAACGUGCAAGACUAUCCACCAAGAAGCAACCCCAAUCCUCUACGGCGCCAAUCGCUUCCAUUUCCACUGCUGCUGCCACUUCAAACAUUUCGCCGAAACCAUCGGAGGAGCUUCGCUUCGCUACUUGCGGGAGUUGCGCUUCGCCGCUUUACCCAACCGCUUCGUCGCGACGUUGGCAUUCUCCCAUCUCAAGGCGUGCCGGGCUCUGGAGAAGCUCACAGUGCCGCAUGAGGAUAUGUAUGCGCACAGGAGAUGGAGUGUGCCGGCGCUCAGAGCUACGCUGGAAGUUUUGGGCCGCUGCCGCGGGAGGGAAAGCGGAAGAGGUGUGGAAGUUUGCUUGCAGAACAGAUGUGGCUAUUACUCCCAGAGGCAGGUUGAAGAUUUCUCUGAGGCGCUAGAGCGGGAGUUUGCAGGCCUGAGGGUGAUGGUCAAAUGCGGUCAAUAG